UGGAAAAAAUGAAGAAGAACCUUGUGAUCCAGAGAAAAUGGAGAAGCGGGAGGCCGAUCAGUCGCAGGGGCAAAACGAGGAGAGGAAAAGCGAAAGGGAAAAGGAGAGAUCAGAGGGACUUCCGUUGGAGAGCAGUCCAUACGUGAAUUAUAAAGACUUGGAAGAUUACAAAAGCCAAGCCUACGGAACACAAGGCCAUCUUCAGCCCAAGCCCGGCCGUGGCGGCGGCGGCGGCGGCCCAACCGACGCCCCCACUCUCUCUGGCGACGCCGCCGCUUCCUCGGUGAAUAACCGCCAAGGAGUACCCUGAGAAGACAUUGCUUUCUUUUCCCGUUCUGUUUUCUUAAGGAAUAUUUAUCGUGCUGCAGCUCAGUGUAGUUAAUGUGUAAUCUUGCAAUGGGUAAGGUAGUGGAUUAAAGCAGUUGGAAUAAUCGGAAUGCUUUUUUUAUAUGAAA